CCCCGCUUCUCACUGGAGGGCCGCAGGUGAAUGAAAGGGGGCGUGUCAGUACGCUCAGCUCGCUGGAGGAGGCUGGAACCCGGUGCCAGAGCUCCAGGCCCCUCCAGAGCAGCAGCGGCUGGUGGAGAAAUGGAGGCACAGUCCUAUAGCGCCAAGCUCUUGGGGGAGUUGAAUGAGCAGCGGAAACGAGACUUUUUCUGUGACUGCAGCAUCAUCGUUGAAGGGCGCAUCUUCAAGGCGCACAGGAACAUUCUGUUCGCUAACAGUGGCUACUUCCGCGCCCUGCUCAUCCACUACAUCCAGGACAGCGGGCGACACAGCACAGCCUCCUUGGACAUCGUCACCUCCGACGCCUUCUCCACCAUCCUAGAUUUCCUCUACUCGGGGAAGUUGGAUCUGUGUGGCGAGAACGUGAUUGAAGUCAUGUCAGCGGCCAGCUACCUGCAGAUGAAUGACGUGGUCAACUUCUGCAAGACGUACAUCAGGUCGUCCCUGGACAUUUGCAGAAAGAUGGAGAAGGAGGCCGCGGUGGCUGCAGCAGUGGCGGUGGCCGCCGCGGCGGCUGCGGCUCAUCAGAUAGACAGCGAAAGUCCAAGUUCAGUGCUGGAGGGGACUUCCUGUGGCACCAAGAGCUUUGUCUCCUCCCCAGUAAAUGGAGAAGGGAGUCUGGACUGUACAAGAUCAUCUUGUGAUGACUGCCAUCCCCUAGAACUGGUGGCUAAAGACAGCCAGGGCUCUGGGGCCUCCGAAGGUGACCUUUGUAUCGUUCCCAGACGGGUUGAACCUAAGGUGGAAUUCGACGUUGCCAGAGUGGAGGUGGAGACUGAGGAACAGCUACAGCAGUACGCCGCCCCAUUGGCCCAUGCGGAGGAAGUCCUGCCCAGUAACCAGGCCUUGGAUUUGACUUACAGCAGCUACCACGUGAAGCAGUUCCUAGAGGCUCUCCUGCGCAACGGUGCUGUCCAGAGCAGAGAUGACGUGGAUCAUCCUUUUUCUCGUGGCUUGGAGGGAAGACUGGAAGGUCCAGGGGUGGCCGUGAAUUCGGUGAUGGACGUUCAGAACGACUGGUAUAGAGAGGACUCAGGUGACGUGCUGGUGGUCCCCAUCAAGCUCCACAAGUGUCCUUUCUGCCCUUACACUGCCAAGCAGAAGGGCAUCCUCAAGCGGCACAUCCGGUCGCACACUGGCGAACGGCCUUACCCCUGCGAGACCUGUGGCAAGAGGUUCACGAGACAGGAGCACCUUCGGAGUCACGCCCUGAGCGUCCACAGAUCCAGCCGCCCAAUUAUCUGCAAAGGCUGUCGGAGGACCUUUACGAGCCACCUGUCCCAGGGGCUUCGGCGUUUCGGGCUGUGUGACAGCUGCACCUGUGUCACAGACCCUCACGACGACGAUGACGACCUGAUGCCCGUCAACCUUAGCCUGGUGGAGGCGUCUUCUGAAAGCCACGAGAAGAGUGACACAGACGACUGGCCCAUCUACAUAGAGUCCGGUGAGGAGAACGACCCAGCUGCGGAGGAUUCUGACGACAAGCCGUACAUCCGGCCCAAUUUAGCAGCCCCUGAGAUGCUUACCUAGCAGUGACUCAGCGGGCAGCUUAUAAGUGUUACGGUUUGUUCUGCGGUGAGAGCUACCAUUUGUUGAGUUCCGUGAGACUUGGGGAUCCUCUCCCCGAAAUGUUGUUACACUUGGAUUUUUCGUUAGACGACUUAAUGUGGAGGCUGGAUGCUGUGACUCCAAGGACUGAUGACUUUUUACCUUUGGUUCUGACUGAAUCAAGGUUGAGCUCUGAGGCUUCCUAAUUGUCCUGCUGAGAAGCUGUCUGGGCAGGAGGAAGAAAGCCCCCUCCAUAGCACUAUACCCAUCUUUUACUUUCUUACGUCAUUACCGUCUUCUAAAGAAGUGGUGAGAAUAUGUUGUCAGAACUUCAGUCUUUCUCCUGCCAGGCUUCUUGUAACAAAUUCCACAGUUUAAUUUUCUGGGAAUCGGCUUCGAUAAAAGCAGGCAGGGCUGACGACGUGGUCAUAAAAUAAACCUAAGACUGUACUCCUAAAGGCUGGGGGAAGCUAAGUGCAGACAAACUCUGAAACAAAUUACAAGUUCAUGUGGGCCCUCUUGUUGGUCCACCUGGAUUAAAUUAAAUGAACGCCUAGAGGAAAGCCAGCAAGUCAGGGUAAGGUAGUGUCCCUGUCUAGUCUGCUAUUUGACAAUUCCAUACAUUCUGAAUAGGGAAUUCAGAAUUCCCCUAUUCUGAGAUUGUAAAGCAAGUCAUUUGGGCAAAAGUCAAAAGGCUCCCUGGUUUUCUUAGUCGUUUCCUGGACAAGCAAUCUGGACAUGUGUGCUCUGCUGAGAUCCGGUCACCUAGUUUAUGCCCAGACUUGAGCUGCAGGGGGAACGUGCAUGCCUAACUAACAUUUGGGUUUUAGAGGAUCUUCUAGAAGGAAGGAACUGGCUAGAGCAGGUUUUAAGCUAGUCUGUUUUUCACCCACUCUGCAGCCAGGUUACAAUUCCAGCAAAGCAAGUCGAGUGUCUUUAAAGUAUCAAAGGACAGGAAAGACCAUGGAUGACAGGUGCCCUAGAAGGGAUUCACAGACAUUUCUUUUGUUAAAGUACCAAAGUGGACUUUAAAAGAAAUCCCUUGUCUUCCUUUAGUUUUAAUACAAUUUCAAAAAGCAGUGAAAUCACCAAUCUCUCUGCCUCUUGAACAGGAAGGACCUAAGGAGAAACAUUUAUAAAAUGACUUGUAUGUAUUGUCUUGCUAUUGAAGAGUUGAAGCUUUUGUUUGUCUGUCUGUGUUUUGAGACAGGGUUUCUCUGUGUAGCCUUGGUUGCUGUGGAACCCACUAUGCAGACCAGGCUGGCCUCGAACUCCUGAAGUUCUGACCAUCUCUGCCUCCCAAGGGCUAGUUUUAAAGCUGCACCACUUCACUUGACAGGACUGGGGGUACAGCUCAUUGUCUGUCAUUAGGAAGGCCCUAGGUACUCUAGUACUCUAUAGUACUACAAUAGAUAGAUACCUAAUUUUAUGUUGUCUACAAGAAAAAAGCCAUUAAUAAAGAAAAGAAAAGAAAAAGAAGAAAGAAAGCAAAGGGACUGGAGAGGUGGCUCAAUAGGUAAGAGCACUGGCUACUCUUCAAGAGGACCUGGGUUUGAUUCCCAGCACCCCCACGGUAGCUAACAAGUGUCUCUAACUCUAGUUCCAGGGGAUCUGAUACCCUCACGCCAAUGCACAUAAAAUAAAAUGAUUCUUUAAAAUUGUCAGCCGUGUAAAAAAGAGAGACAGAAAGAAAGCAAAAUUGUCAGGUGUCACUGGUUUCCUCAGUGGUAGGUGGUAUAUCCUGGACCUUGUCCAGGCUGGGGAAGAACUGUCUUACUGACUUAGACCCCGCCCCUGGAGGUUGUACAUCACAUGAGCCUUAGGGCCACACCUGAAACUCUAGUGAUGCUUAGUUUGCUGUGAUGCCCACACCCUGUUAGUGGCUUUCCUUCCUUGAACAAGGCAUGGGCUAUCUCAGUGCUACCUAGUGAGCCACAUCAUACACAGACUGAUGCCACACAGGCCUAGUGGCAUAUGCCUCCCACACUCGGGAGACAGAGGCAGGCAGAUCUCUGUGAGUUCAAGGCCGGCCUGGUCUAUAUAGAGAGUUCUGGGCCAGUCAUUGAUACAUAGGGAGCGUCUGCCUCGAAAAAGAAAACAACAAAACAAAAACAAAUAAAAAGUUUUGAAAUAAAUCAAAGUAUUGAAAAAUUUUAAACCAAUCUUUUUUUUUUUGGUUCCUUUUUUUGGAGCUGGGGACUGAACCCAGGGCCUUGCGCUUCCUAGGUAAGCACUCUACCACUGAGCUAAAUCCCCAGCCCCUAAACCAAUCUUUUUUAAGCCAUGUGUUAUUCAAAGGAUGAAAUGCCUUCAAUCCCAGCAUUCGGGAGACACACUCAGGAGGAGCUCUGAGUUCGAGGCUAGCCUGGUCUACAGAGUGAGUUCCAGGAUAGCCAGGGCUACACAGCGAAACCCUGGUGGGGUUGGGGGGAGACAGACAGACAGACAGACAGAAAGCUAGAGAGACGGAGAAUGGACUAAAGCUGGGGAUAGCAUCGCCCAGUGGUCCGAGCACUUUCUACUUUCCUUGCAUAGGGCAUGGAUUCAGUCCUCAGCAUUGCAAAACAAAUUAACCGACUACAUGAAAAGUUCUGAACUGACUGUUAUCAAAUACUUUUCUUGCCUAAAGCAAAAAUAUCACCUGUUAUUUGCAGUGGGGUAAGUUGGCAUACAUCCGGGAGCCUCAUCCUGAGGAGGCAGGAGCCGGAUUGCUGCCAGUUUGAGACCAGCCUAGUCUACAAAGCAGUUUGUAGGCCAGUCAAAGCUGCCAAGUACAUAGCAAGAUGCUGUCUUUAAAAACAAAGACUAAGGGGCUGGAGAGAUGGCUCAGGGGUUAAGAGCACUGACUGCUCUUCUAGUGGUCCUGAGUUCAAAUCCCAGCAACCACAUGGGGCCUCACAACCAUCUGAAAUGGUAUCCAAUGCCCUCUUCUGGUGUGUCUGAAGACAGCUACAGUGUACUCACAUACAUUAAAUAAACAUAAAAAAAAAUCAAAGAAUAAACUAAGACAGAUCUUAACAAAAAGAAAAUUAAGUGACUGUAUGAAUUUAUUCUACAGGAGUUAUAUUUGACAUUUUUACUGAUUUUUUUUAAUUAGAUAUUUUUUAUUUACAUUUCAAAUGUUUCCCCUUUCCCAGUUACCCCUCCAGAAACCCACUCUCUCCCCCUGCUUCUAUGAGGGUGCUCCCCCACCCACCCAUCUACUUCCUCCCACCUCCCAUCCCUGACAUUCCCCUACACUGGGGCAUCCAGCCUUGAUAGGACAAAGCCUCUCCUCCCGUUGAUACCUGACAAAGCCAUCCUCUGCUACAUAUGUGACUGGAGCCAUAUGUCCAUCCCUGUGUACUCUUGGGUUGGGGAGUUUAGUCCCUGGGAGCUCUGGGGGCGGGGGUCUGGUUGGUUGAUAUUGUUGUUCUUCCUGUGGGGUUGCAAACCCCUUCAGCUCCUUCAUUCCUUUCUCUAACUUCUCCAUUAGAGACCCCGUUCUCAGUCCAAUGGUUGGCUGUGAGCAUCCGCCUCUGUAUUUGUCAGCCUCUCAGGAGACAGCUAUAUCAGGCUCCUUUUAUUUCUGUUUUAUUAUGACCUUCCUACCUCACAAUUCAACCUCUCUGACUGCUUCCGCCUUCCUUGGGGAGAACAAUGAUCUUUUUUGAGCUAUCUUAUGACCUCUUCAUGUCUCUGGGUUUAAAAAAAAAAUCACUUUAGAGGUUUUCCAGUAGACAGUGCUUCUCAGCUAGAUAUUGUGUUGUCUGACACAGAAAAUUUGGCAUUGUCUGGAGUCACCUUUGUUUGUGAGAAGUAUCACAGGGAACUUCUUGUGUCCAAUUUAGGUUAGGCCAGAUGUGCUACUGAGCAAAGUUCCUUAGGAGAGUGUCGCAGAAGAAAGAGUAAUCUACUUUAAAGUGUCAGUAGGGGAAGUUGGAGAGAUGGCUCAGCGGUUAAGAGCACUGACUGCUCUUCCGGAGGACCUGAGUUCAAUUCCCAGCAACCACAUGGUGGCUCACAACCAUCUGUAAUGGGAUCUAAUGCCCUCUUCUGGUGUGUCUGAAGACAGCCACAGUGUACUCAUAUACAUAUAUGUAUAUGUGUAUAUAUGUAUAUAUGUAUGUAUAUGUAUAUAUAUAAUAAAUAAAUAAAUCUUCAAAAAAAUUGUCAGUAUAGGUUGGGUGUAGUGGCACAUGCUUUAAUCCCAGCACCCAGGAAACAGAGACAGGCAGAUCUCUCAUCUGAGUUCAAGGCCAGCCUGGUCUACAUAGCUAUCCCUAGACACAGUGACACCCUGUCCCAAAAUCAAAUAAAUAAAUUUAAAAACAAUACUACCAAGGUUGAGAAAUUCUAGAUAAAAAAAUAAUGGUGUUUUGAUUGAUCUUUAAUAAGGGUUCUCAAAUGCUUUGUCUUCCCUUCUAGCCCGCCAGAGGUAGGAGAGAAAAGAACGUAAUAGGACAAGAGGUGUGUGCCUGUUUAGAAGUAGUUCUUUUGGGUGAUUCCAGUUUCCAUUGUCAGGAUACCAACAGUCCAGUCCAAAGUGUCAGCGGUGGCACGAUCCAGCAGAAACUGCCAGGCCUCCACUGAAUCAACACAAGUCAUUGGUAGCAACCAGAACCAGCUGGGGUGCCAUGCUACUCUUAACAGAGGGAAGAUCAGUGAAGACACAAGACCGGGAAGUCUUGCACAGCUAGCUAUGCAAGCACCUUGUCACUUCCAUUGAGUCCUAUCUCCAAACAUUAUGUGUCCUCUCUCGGGUCAAACAAAACAUCACGUGAGUCUGCAUCACAUGACACAACCAGAAAUUCUACUUCAUAAAGGCUUAGUGGUUAAGAGCUCUUCUUGCUCUUAUAGAGGACCCAAGUUCAGGUCCCAGAGUCUCAGCUGCUUGUAAGUACAGCGCUAGGAACUCCUGAUGCAGCUGGCCUUAGUGGACACCAGCUCGUGCACACACUCACACCCAGUAUAUGAAAAUCUAAAAGCAAACCCCGAAAGAAGGAAACCAACUCUUGACUCUGCUUUAUAUGCCCAGGAUCAUUCAUUCCUGUCUCUGAUUUCUUCUUGUUUUGGUGUUUGUUUGUUUGUUUGUUGAGUUAAGACAGGGCCUCGCUGUUUGCCUCACCUCAUCCAGGACUCAGUAUUAACCAGGCUAGCCUCAAACUCAGAAGGACCUGUCUACCUCUGCCUCCUGGGUGCUGACAUAAGCCUCCAGACCUGCUAUUUUUGUUACAUAAGCAGAAUCUUGGGAAGGAGAUUUCCUGUGAAGCCUGGAGUACGUAGUGUUAACACUCCAUGAUGUCUCAGAUUGUUCAUUCCUAGGUGGCCAUUUGGAGUUUGGCAACGUACUAUAAUAACUGGGUUGCUGUAUUUUUAAAAAGAGUUACUUCUCUGGUGUAUACUGUCAGAUCAUGAACUGUUCCCCUUUUAAAUGUGUUUCCACAUUUGAUGGUCCGUAAUUAUCUUAGUAUCUUCAAGGUUUAACUCACGGCCUUAAUAGUUUAAAAUGUGGGCUAGAGAGAUGGCUCAGCGGUUAAGAGCACUGACUGCUCUUCUAGAGGUCAUGAGUUCAAUUCCCAGCAACCACAUGGUGGCUCACAACCAUCUGUAACGAGAUCCGAUGCCCUCUUCUGGUGUGUCUGAAGACAAUGACAAUGUACUCGUCAUAUAUAAAAUGAAUAAAUAAAAUUAAAAAAAUAGU